UCACAGUCUGGUUUGGUGCUGCUACAAAAAAGGACAAACUCCGACUGCAACAAACAAUCGGGACGGCCCACCAACCCCCCCUUGAGGACUUGAAGGCUGCCAGAACUAAGACAAGAGCGUGCAAAAUCCUCUUGGACCCUCCACAUCCCAGUCACCACCUCUUCCAGCUCCUUCGCUCAGCAGACUACCAGGAGGAACUUUGUGGGACGAAAGAGGAGAACGAGCGACAACGUCAACAACUGGACGCUGUCUUCCAGAAGCUUCGAGUUGUGUUAUGCUCAGCAGACAACAGUGAAGAUCUUUGUCCUGAGCGGCAGCAACCAGAGUCUCCUCACAUGAAAGAUGAAGUGGAGUAUGAGAAGCCCCCUCACAUUAAAAAAGAGAAGGUGCCAGGGCAUCCUUACAUUAUAAAGGAAGAGCAGCCAGAAGCUUCCUACAUUAAAGAGGAAGAGGCGCCAGAGACCCACCACAUCAAAGUGGAUGAGGAAGAGCAUCCCCACUUGGAGGAAGCGCUCCUGCAUAUUAAAAAGGAGGAAGGUGAUGAGCUCCCAUAUAUUAAAGAGGAGGAUGAUAUCACCAAGUUGCCAUCGAUUAGUGUCCCCUUGAAGAGUGACGAUAAAGUUCUAAGUAAGAACAGAGGGACUGAACCUCCAAGCAGCAGCAGCUUAAGUCAACACAUGACAACAGAAGGUGACAACAAACGCUGGAAAUGUUCCCAAUGUGGGAAAAGUUUGAGUUAUAAGACCAGUUUGAAAGGUCAUAUGAUGAUCCACACCGGAGAGAAACCAUUUGCUUGCUUAGUUUGUGGUAAAGCAUUCGCGACAAAUGUAGAUUUAAAAAGACAUACAAAAACACACACUGGAGAAAAACCUUUUGCCUGUUCGGUUUGUGGUAAAAGCUUCGCUAACAAACAUUAUAUAAAAAGACACACAAGAACACACACUGGUGAGAAAGCUUUUGCAUGCUCUGUUUGUGGCCAAAGAUUCACACAAAAGGGAAGUUUAAAUGCACACUCAAGAAUCCACACUGGUGAUAAACCUUAUGCCUGCUCUGUUUGUGGCAGAAGAUUCUCCCAUAAGGGAAGCUUAAAGGUACACUCAAGAAUCCACACUGGAGAAAAACCUUUUCCCUGCUCAGUAUGUGGUAAAAGAUUCAUUGAAAAGGGAAAAAUGAGAAAACACACAAGAACGCACACUGGGGAGAAACCUUUUGCCUGCUCAGUUUGUGGUCGAAGAUUCUCUGUGAAGGGAACCUUAAAAAGUCACUCAAGAACACACAUUCGAGAGAAAUCUUGUGCUAUACAACACACAACAAUCGAAGGAGACAAAGAUGUUGGGGAACAGCUGUUCUAUGUAGGGUUGGGGUAUGUUCAAUAUCAUCUAAAUGUUGAGAAUUAGCAUUUGUGCUAAAUCACUAAAAAUGCAUCUGCUUUGUCCAAAGUUUUUGUAGAGUGCAUAUUAAAUACCGAAAUGAUUGAAAUAGCCUGUGAAGUAACUUUGACACUUUGGUGUAAGACGGAGAAGUGUAUAUGUGAUUGAAAUCAUUAGACAGUGAGAGUAACGCAAUUUACUUGUAAAAACUGUAAAAAAAAUAAAAAUUAAAAAAAAGAAUACAUGGAAUAAACGUCUGAAAGUGCAUCGAUGGCUGUCUCU